AUGGACAUCAACACCUAUCCAACCCCUACCUUCUUCUCUCCGGCACUCCUUUCUGACCUCCUGCAGUUCAUCAUCAACCGCUGCAGCUACCCUACCACCCUCAUCAUCUGCGCCGACCGCGCCGAGUUUCUGUCCUCCCUCAUACAGGACCUCAUACAGCAGCAGCGGCCAUAUCAAUCAGAUUUACAACUGCAACAGCACACCACGGAAGACUCGCACGACACCAUUGCAGUUCCAACCUACCAAAAGCCGGACCGAAACAAAAACAGUCCUGACACUCGGCCACCAGCAGCAGCCCAUCCACCAAACGGACCACAACCUGAGCCUCAGCAACCACAACAUUCACCUCCUCAGCACCACCCUACACCCGGCAAACCACACCCCCUUCUGACCCCGCACCUAUCGCAACUCUCCACAACCCGCCACAUCCGCACAAUCUUCGUCCCGACCGUGUCACACCUGCGCGCCUUCCUCUCCCUCUUCCCCGACUCUUCCUCCUCAGCCAAGACCCCGCCCCACCCACGGCCACCACCACCUCUCACUCAGCGACAACAGAGGACAGCCCCCCUGUUGGUGGUCUUCUCCUUCCUGGCGCUUCACCGGCACACCUCAGAGUGGAGCGCGCAGGGGCUUGGGGCGAGCGCCGCACUGUUGGUAGAGGCGGGCCGGCGGGCCGGGUUGGGAGUUGUUCUCGUCGAGUCGGCGUCACCAUCUUCAAAUUCCACUUCACGGCUGGGGAUGGCGGACGUGCUCGGUGAGAGGGUGCCUGUUUUGAGCGGCGGGAGCGCUAAAAGAGCUGGGGGAGAGUCGGGGUGGACGGGCAUGACGGUAAAUGUGGGGAGGUUGUUGCGGAGGUGGUUUCGGUUUCGGGACGGGGAGUGGCACGGGUAUGUGGGCGGUGGAGGAUGA